AUGAUGUUGAAGGAUGCCGCCCCAAGAAUGGACAAAAUGUGGUGGCAUUAUCCACACCUUCGCAAUUUGAAUUUUUUCCUCUUUGGUGCAAUAGUUCUUCAAGCUACCAACGGCUAUGACGGUAGUAUGCUUAAUGGUCUUCAAUCCCUUGCAGUGUGGGAAGACUAUUUCAAUAAACCUACAGGUGCUAGUCUUGGAACAUUGUCAAGUGGAACUACUUUUGGUGGCCUUCUUAUGCUCUUCCCUGCAUCUUACAUCUGCGACAAAUUCGGUAGACGCUGGCCGAUUAUUGCUGGUUCAAUACUCACUAUCAUAGGCGCCAUUAUUCAAGGUGUCGCUCAAAACUUUGGUACCUUUUGGGCAGGUCGAUUCAUCAUUGGAAUGGGCCUUGCACUUGUCAACAACGCCGGUCCUAUGUUACUUGCCGAGACGGCCUAUCCUACGCAAAGACCUGUCCUUACUUCUCUCUAUGAAACAUCUUUUCCAUUUGGUGCCUUGAUUGGUGCCUUGAUUACCUUCGGAUCAUACUAUAUCGAUUCUACAUGGGCUUGGAGAUUACCUAGUCUUCUGCAGUGCUUUCCCGCUUUUAUCCAAAUUGGACUUAUAUACUUUUGCCCUGAGUCCCCAAGAUGGCUUGUGGCACACGGUAAAAUUGAAGAGGCUCGCGCUGUGCUCGUCAAAUACCAUGGUGGAGGUGAUGAAGAUUCCCUGCUGGUACGCCUCGAGUUGGCUGAGAUUCGGGCCGCAUUGCAGUCAGAAAACAUCAAGAAAUCUGGAAAAUGGAUCCAAUGGUUAAAGACAAAAGGAAAUCGUCACCGCCUCGCUAUCAUUCUGUUCAUUCCAGUCAUUACGCAGCUUUCUGGAAACAGAAUUAUUAGUUACUAUUUGCACCUAAUUCUGAACGGGAUCAAUAUUACCACAACCAAGGAUCAACUCGUCAUCAAUGCUACCCUUCUUGCAUCUGAAGUAGUCUCAGCUGUUGCCAUUGCUUCUUAUUGCGAAAUGUUUGGUCGUCGUCGUUUCUUCAUGAUCGGUGUAGUUGGAAUGCUUAUAAGUUUCAUCCCUUGGACUAUUCUAUCGGCCUUUUCUCAAGAAGGCAAUUUCUCUAAUCCCGGCUAUGGCAUAGGCGUUGUCGCUAUGAUCUACAUAUUUAUGAUUCCUUAUCAUGUUGUUGCUCCUUUGGCCAAUCUUUUCUUGACUGAAGUGGCACCUUAUGAACUUCGAUCCAAGGCCUCGGCCUUAUUUCAACUGAUGGGUCAAAUUAUCGGACUUUUCAGCUCCUAUGUAAAUCCUAUUGCCAUGGAUGCCAUCGGUUGGAAAUACUACAUCGUCUACUGCUGCGUUAUUGCAGUUGAGAUUGUUGUCGUCUACUUCUACUUCCCUGAAACUAAGGGUCUCAGUCUUGAGGAAAUUUCUGUAAUUUUUGAAGGAGAAGCGGCUGCUGUUGGGGCUGGUGCUUAUCGCCACGGCGACAUGGAAGAUCCUGCUGCUGAUCAACCUCGGUCAUUGUCCGAUGAAAAACUCGGUAUGGAAGAAAACGUUAAAUCCCCUUAA